CUAUUGAUCACUGUGAAACAAAGAUGUGCUGAACACGAGCGUAAACAACAUUUAGAUAAGUGCAACGCUAUCAGAGCCGCCCGAGAGUGCUAUCUCGUACUCGCUCGUCAACCGUCGCGUCGGCAAGCAGUGUGUGGUGAUCUCCUCGGCAAGAUGGCAUCAAUUGCGAUGGAGCCCGUGAUGUUGGUGGACGGUGGGUUUUCCACCCAACUGUCGCUGUAUGUCGGCAACUGUGUGGACGGUGAUCCUCUUUGGAGCGCAAAGUUCUUGGAGACCAACAAGCAAGCCUGUAUUCAGGCGCACAGAGACUUCAUUAGAGCCGGUGCAGAUAUAAUUAUAACGAACACGUACCAGGCUAGUAUUGAGGGUUUCAAGGACUACCUGAACCUCGAUAAAGAAGAAAGCAUUGAGUUGAUUAAAGAGUCUGUGGAAUUUGUCAAGAAAGCCAUUGCCUUGGAGUUGGGAGAUGAUUCUUAUGGUGACCAGAGACGGGUACUGAUCGCGGGCUCUGUGGGACCGUACGGGGCAGGUCUCCAUGAUGGCUCUGAGUACCGAGGCGAGUAUGUGGAGACAACAAGCCCAGACACCAUGAUCGCAUGGCACACACCGCGUAUCGAAGCUCUCCUGGAAGCCGGAGUAGAUUUGUUGGCUAUAGAAACUAUCCCAGCACUCGCCGAAGCAGAAGUCCUGCUCAACCUCCUCAAGAAAUAUCCUAAAGCCAAGGCCUGGUUAUCUUUUUCUUGCAAGGACGACGAACACACUUCACAUGGAGAGAGGAUCUGUGACGCUGCAGCCCGAUGUUGGUCUGUCAACUCUAACCAGUUGGUGGCUGUAGGGGUGAACUGUCUGCACCCUAGCUACGUCACCCCUCUGCUCAAGUCUAUCCACAAGAAACUCCCUAAGAUACCUCUGAUAGCCUAUCCCAACAGUGGAGAGCGCUAUAAUGCUCAAAUUGGCCGAUGGGAGAACAAGGACAACUGUGUGCCAGUAGUGAAUUACAUCAGGUCCUGGCUAGAACUAGGGGUGCAGUUUAUAGGGGGCUGUUGUCGCACGGACGCAGAAGAUAUUCGGAAAUUUCGCAAGCACAUUGACUACUGGAUUCAGCAUGAGAAAAAGCCCAUCAGACCUUGUUCCAUUGAUGACAGAAUUUGUUGUGCUGAUCUAAAACUGUAAUUUUUACUCAAAUUUUAUAUAUGUAUAUUUAAACAGAGCUGUGAAUAAUCAAAGUGUAAUUUUGUACAAAUUGUAUUGUAAUAAAUAUAUUAUGGGAUUAAUAAUUUUUAAUA